CAAUCAGAUCCCCAACAAUAACCACGUCAACAACAACAACAACAACACUCACGCCCACAACAACAACAACAAUAAUCACAUCGAUAACAGCUACAACAUCUACGGCAGCUUUAACGACAAUGAUUCAUCGAUUCGUAUCAUGGACAUUGGAGCGCCGGCGUCAGCUUGUUCACGACCCGAGGGACGCAACGAUCAGCGCUAUGAGUGCAACCUGUGCGACUUCCAUACGAGCAGCAUGAACGUUCUGCUCAUCCAUAGACGCACCCACUUGGACCUCAGCCGCUUGAGCACCGUGUCAACGGGGAUGCCAGGCAGUGGAGGUGCCAACAAUUGCCUGUCCAACAAGUCGCGUGCGUCCCGCAGGGCCAACACAUCGAUCUCCCGCGAGCUGGCGACCUACUCGUCGCUGUGGCGCUGCCAGUCGCGACACGUCUCCAUUGUGGUGGAUGCGCCGCUCAAUGACGAGGAGCAGAGGCAGGUGGCGAGCAUUGCCCAGCUGACGCUGGCGAGCAUUGAGCGCGUGGUCAAGUCGCCCAUACCCCCCGAAUCGCCGUUGAGCGAGUGCUCCAGUCCGGCGGUGCGCCGCAACACGCAGAUUAGCUCGAGGGAUCCGAGGCGCAAACGUUGCCAUCAGCUGCGUGCCACGAUGCCAGUGCCGCCGCCGCUGACGCCGCCGUCGCCCGCAACGCCGGCGAAACAGAGAAGACUAACGCGUUCCUGUACCCGGCAGCAGGAGACCAGCUCCACCGCCAGUGCGGAGCGUGAGAGGGCCAGGGCAGAACGGGCAGAGCGAUUGGGCAGGAGGCGGGGACUUAGUGCUGCAAGGGAAGCAGCCACAGCGACAUACGAUGAUCCCAAUGCCGACGAAAGAGAUGCGAGUACAGCCAGAGGAAGAGAACGAGAAAGGAAAGUCCUGGAGAAAACACCAACUUCCAGAAGAUCCGCCUCUUCCUCAGUCACCUUUGCGCUUCCCCGAGAACGCGCACAGCAGACUGGUGAGAGGAACUGCACAAUUACCAGUGCCUCCAUGAUGUCCACGCCAACAUCACCGUCGCCAUUCGCACUGGCCUUGCCCAGUCGAGCGACCCAAACAGUGAAUCCCAGUCCGGAGACGGCGCCCACAUCGAAGGCAAAGUCCACGUCAAGGCCGGCAGGCAGACCGAGUGGAGGCGUGUCGGCCGCGGAAGCGGCUGCGAAACGGGGACGCAAGCGCAAGCGAAGGGAUGAGGAGGACGAGGAUGAGUAUGAGGACGAGCAGGCAACAGCUUCCGAGAGAGAGCAGAAGGCGAAAGCUGGGACACUGCAGGAGACAGAACAGAUGAAGAAGGAGCAGGAGGAGCAACAGCAGUGCAACGACACUCCAAAUCAGAUCGUGAAUGAUUCACGUGAGCUGCACCUGAGAUUGCUCGCAGAAUGGGGAGAUUACGAGCAGGAGGAACCGGAUCUGGAACAGGAACAGCGAAUCGAGCAGGGGCAGCAGCUGCAGCAGGAGCUGCGACAGCAGGAGCCAGACGACGAAGCCGACGACGAAGCCGACGGCGACGGCGACGGCGACGGCGACGCCGACGCUGACGCUGAUGCCGAAGCAAGUCCUGCCACAAAUGAUGCACUAUGCAAUGAUGUAUCCUUGAAUGCCGUAGCCUCCUGUUCAUCGAGCUCGUCGUCAUCCAAACGCAUACGCAACAUACCAAAGAAGGAUCGUCGAGAUGUGGUGCUGCAGGAGUUCGAUGCUAGCGCCGAGAGCAACUGCGUGCAGGAGGAGCCGAUCCUAAUUCAAGAUAGCGAUGCUAGCUCCAAUGAGAGCGUUGUCUUUAUCGAUGCUGCCGAGCCGCAGCGCUCGAUGAGAGCAUCAGCACUAAAUCCGAACCCGAAUCCGAAUCCGAGUGCCGUCUCCUGCUUUGACUUUGACGAGGAAGACGAGCACCUCGAGCCGGCUGCCAUUCAACCGAAUGCACCCAUCGCUGAGAGAAAUGGAAAUGGUCUAAGCUAUAGACGGCACACCAAGCCCUCGGCUCCAGCUCCUGCCCAGACGGCAACAGCCACAGCUACGGCUCCUCUGUCCAAUGGCGGCGAGGAGCCGAACUCUAGAGAGCAAUCUCUGGCCAAAUCCAACGAAGAUCUUUUCAAGUCUUUCAAUGAGCACCAGCGCAAGCAGCUGCAGCAGCAGCAGCAGGAGUUGGAACACGAGCAAGACUUGGAGACCGGAGGAGGCAGUGUGGAUGCAGAGGCAGAGCAGUCAAAUCUGCCCAUCAAGGAGCGACAGAAACGCAUUUUCAAGUCGCGCAACAAGCAGCGCGAGGAGCAGGAACAACAAAAGCAGCAACAGCAGGAGCGGGAGGAAGAUGAGGACGAGACGAGUCAGCAAGAAGUUUCGCUGGCGCUGGAACAAGAGGAAGAGGAGGAGGAGCAGCAGGUAGUGACGUCGCCUCUACCCACAUUAUCCAAUGGCUCCAGUUCUGAACUGAAGACUGAUAAGCGACGCCAAAGCAAUCCAAACAAUUGCGCUGCCAAAACCCAGUCGCAAUCCCAAAUCAUGUCCAGCUACAGCCUGGCUCAAACUCCGCCCACGCCGACACCCACAGCCGAAGAGCUGAGCAACUCGUCGCCUGUGCCAAGCCAAAUGCAAGCGCAAGAAACGCAACUGCAAUUCCAGACGCAAAUGCCGUUUGCUUCCCAAGCGCAGUUCCCCAUUCAGUCGCAGUUCAGCGGCCUAGCCUCGCCAGCACUGAGCCAUAUCCACAUCCACAUGAGCUCCAACAGCAACAGCUCCUCGCAUUCGGCGAGCAACAGCAACAGCAACAGUAACAGCAGCUCCAUUCUUUCCAAUAUGGCGGUCAUCUCGGCGGAGGAGGCGUGCGAGCUGCAGCGCUCGGCUCCUGCCCUGGUCGAGGAGUCCACCACGGCCACAGAGUCGAGCGGUGUGCUCAUCCUGGAGGACAUAUUGCUGCCCAAUCUCUAUGAGAUACGCCCCAAUUCGGAGAACAGCAAUAUGAGCAGUGCGCGGGUUCGCAGUCGUGCGAGCAGAGCCAGCCGAACCAGCAAGAACAGUAAAAUCAGUAAAACCAGCAAAGCCAGCAAAGCCAGCAAAAACAGUAAGCGGGGAAGCCGUGGAAGCGGCAGGAGUACCAGCGGCAGUGGCAGUGGCAGUGGCAGUGGCAGUGGAAGCGGCAGUGGCAGCAGUAGUAGCAGCGGCAGCGGCAGCAGUGGCAGCGGUAGCAGCAGCACCGGCAGCGGCAGAAGCAGCAGCAGCAGCAGCGGACGCAGCCAGCUGAAGCGGCCGGUGAGAGCAGAGGGGGCCGAGCGUCGAGAUGCAAAGAGUCGAAAGGAGAGACAAAAGCAGGAGCAGCAUCACAACAAACAGAAGCCACAGAAGGCGGAGCAGCAGACGCCGGCAGGGCAUUCAAAAGACAAGAGAGAAAGGCAAGCGAAGAAAGCAAAGCACUCGAAGAAAGAAGACAAGAAACACACACAGAAACAGCCGAUACCUUCCACAUCGGCGGCAGCUCAACGCGCACAUGCCGAAAUACGUGAAUCCCCGCGAGCUGGCUCGCCUUCAUCGCCAAAUCGCUGGUCACCGACGUCGUACCCGGUCGGUCGACGCUUUGAAGUGCAGCUGAAGGAGCGUGAGCGGGAGAUGCUGCUUAAGUACGAGGCGGACAUAACUAGCGGACGCAGGGCGGAGAUCAAUCGCAUUGCCCGGGAGCGCUGGGCUCGCGCCCGCUGUCAGCACAAACCGGAUGCCGAGGAAAAGUUGCUGCUCAUGCGGCUGAAGGAGCAGCGCAAUUUCCGGCUCAAUCGCCGAGCGAUUAGCGUGCACCCAACGGCCAUACGAAGAGAGAACAUAAGCCGCCCACAGAAGAGCCCAUCCUGUCAAGCGUUUACCACGCUGAGCGAGCAGGAUCUGCAGCUUUCCAGGCGGCAGCUGCAGCGUCUGCGCGAAGCUCAAGCUAGAAGAAAGCGACGAGGUAGCGGCUCGCAAACUGCAGUGGAAACUAGAAGAAGGAGGCAAGAACAGGAGGUCGAGAAGGAGAAGGAAAAGGAAAAGAAGGAGAAAGAAAAAGAGAAGGAGGAUAACCGGAAAGAGGAGCAGGAUCAAUUGGAUCUGGACCUUGAACUGGAACUGCAAUUGAGUCCGGUAUCAGAUGAGGCGCUAGAAGAGGAACAGGAAACGGUGGCAGAACAACAACCGCAGGAUCAGCUACACGGACAGGAGCAAAUGCAGCUGGAGGAAGAGCAGGAGCAACUGCAGCUAGAGGAAGAGCAUGAGCAGCUGCAGCUAGAGGAAGAGCAUGAGCAGCUAGAGGAAGAGCAUGAGCAGCAGCAACAACUGGAGGAACAACAGGAGCAGCUGCAACUGGAAGAACAGCAGGAGCCGCUGCAGCUCGAGGGACUGCAGGAGCAACUGCAGCUGGAGGAAGAACAGGAACUACUGCAGCUGGAGGAACAGCAGGAGCAGCUGCAUCUGGAGGAACAUCAGGAGCAGUUGCUGCAAGAACAGCAUGAGCAUCAGCUGCAAGGACAGAAGGAACAGCCCCUACACGGACAGCAACAAGAGGGGCAGGAGCAGCAGAGGCAACAGUCGCAGAGAAUCGAUGAUCCACUGGAUGAUCAGCCGUCAUCGUCACGAGCAGUAAACCGUCCGUCGCCAAGUGGCAACAAUUCCGAUGCAGAUGAGUCGAAGGAAACCACCCAAGAGAUAGCAGCAGAUUCACGGAUUUGUGCUGUGAUGACUCGUCCCAUUCCUGGCUACAGCAACACCUUCAUGCUCUGCUCCCUCAGCAACAACAACAACUUCACCCCUUUGAACAACGAGGCACUAUAUUUGGAUAGCGAGAAUCAUUUGGUGCCGGUGCCUUUGGAGGCGCUAACCGAGACACCACAGCUACCCGAAGGGAAUCCGUUGUCUGCGGUCUUUCUGCUGGAUGGUGAGGCCAUAGCGCAGGUGGUGCAGGGUGAGCAAUGUGAGAACCCGGAAGCAGAAGAAGGGCAAGUGGGAGAAGGAGUAGUGGAAGGAGGGGAUGUGAUGCCAGGUGCUAUACUGGGCAUGAUGUCGCCUUCAAAUCAAUUAGUCGACGGCCACGACGACGAAGAGGAGGAGCCGGAAACAGCUGAUGAUCUGGUGGCAACUGAUGAAGCCGAGGAUCCAUCGGCAUCCGAGGAAAUGUAUCAGCUUCAGUCGAAUGUGCUCCAACUGAAUGUCGGUGGCCACCAGCUGGAGAUAUCAACCGAGGUGCUAAUGAAUAUAGCCGAGCAACAGGAUGACAUCAUCAUUGAGAUCGACGGCGGCGGGCAGGCUCUGUUGCCUGCCGCCGAAAUACUGCAGGCGGCCAAGAACUAUUUGCACGAGCGAGACUUACAGCUGGUCAAUCUGGAGGACUUGACCUUGCACCAGUGCAACAACGGAGCUGGCUCUGGCUCUGUGCCUCUGAUAGUCCCCGAUUUGUUGGCUGCAGCGCUGUCCGGCAACAGUGUGGACGUUCUACACAUUGAGACUCAAUCGGCGGCUGCAGCGGCAGCAUCUGCAGGCACGGCACCAGCACAGCUACCAACACUGACACCAGCGGCAGCUGGAGCUGGAACUGAGGAGGAUGUGGUUGGCUUUAUGGCACACACGUUGCCGGUCAGUGCCUCCCACUUGACGCCGCCGAUUACAGCCCGCACGAACGAGACAAAUGCGCUGCUGGAUCAGACGCCCAUCAUGUCCGCCUUGGAGCAACCAAGCACCAGCGCCUCUGCCGCCCUUCAACUGCGCGCCGGCAGCAGCAGCUCAUCGGCCUCGCCUCUGUCCCUGGAUUCCAUUGGUGGCAAUCUGGACGAUAGCCUGGCCGUAAUUGGUGUGACCAAUGGCAGCGGCAGCGGAGUGCCCACAUCCUUGGAGCUGCCCAUAACCGUCACCAAUCCGGCGAUUGCGCCCCGUUCCACAACUGCUGAUAUGACGAAAUUUGUGCCGUUCCAGUAGCUGUUGCAGUUGGAUGAAUUGUCCGAUGGCUGGGAUAGCCUGGACUCGGA